UGGCCAUUACCUACUUCUUGUUUAUAUUGUCUUGUAUCUGUUAUGCGGAGGGUGGACUGGGAAAUUCCACAUUCCACCAAAGGGCUGAUAUGACAGCAACAAGCACAACAACAACGACGUCAUCCGUGGCAACAACGGCACAUUUUGAAAUAGUUAUUGAGCACGGGAAGAUUUACCUCAAGGUCUCCGACCCGUGUGAUGUCAGUCAGACUCUGUGUCCAGUCGAGUGCUUUGUGGAUUCGCAGAAAUCUAACACGGUGGCUUGGGAGUGCAACAUUUGCAACUGCUCAGACGUGACCACACCAGCAACACUGACCCAUAUUACAGCACCUGCGGAUUUAUCAACAACAGCACAAAUUCCAACAACUACGACAAACCGAGAGGUUGUGAUCAUUGGAGGGGUCGCGCACCUGUUGGUGGAUUUCCCGUGUACCGCCGGGGACAACAUUUGCCCGGUAGACGGGUGUGUCAUCGACGGGGUGCCCGUGGGGACAGAACUCUGCUUCAAAUGUGAAUGUAUGCAGGCAACAGUGGUAGCAAUGACAACCACUGGGAUGUCAUCUACCGUGACAUCCGUUACCAGUCCUGGGAAAGGAAGUUCAGCCUCAUCGACAAGUGAUACGCUUGACGUGAAUGGUGUCUUACACUUCAUCGUGAGUAAGCCGUGUCAAUCCAAGGAUAAUCUCUGCCCAGUAGAAGGGUGUAGCGUGGACCUCAAGACUAGGGGAACCCGGGUCUGCUUCCAGUGCACCUGUACAACAACAACAGCAACUACCGGACUACCGACAACAACGGCGCCUUCCACCACAACUCUGAGUGCCCUUCAGACCGUGAUGAUUGCCGGAACGGAAUACACCAUGCUCAAAGACCCUUGCACUCCCAAAGACAACCUCUGUCCAACCGGCGUGUGUCACAUUGAGGCUCACGUGGGAACUGAUAAGUCCAUCUGCUUCGCCUGUCACUGUUAGAGUUUGAAGUUUAAAGUCACGUGGGGGAAGGGGCGAUAAUUCCGCAUGCUUCGCCUGUCAAUGUUAAAAACGUUUGAAUGAUGAGAGCGUCGUUUUAGCCCUUCGGGCAGCAGUCAGCAGAUAAAGUAAUCUAUGAGACAAUACAUUGUGGUAAUUGGUUUAUCAGCAUGUUUUGAUGAAAUUGUCUGGCUCAAAAAUUUGUUGUCCCUAUUUUCAGUAGAUCUAUAGAAUUAAUUAUAAUUAAAGCCGUGCAGUAUAGAAAGGUCACACAUAACUGAUGAAA